ACCUUCUAACAUCUGAAGCUCGAUCUGAAGGUACUUCAGUUUCCUAUUUGUUAGUGGAUUCACAUAUUUAUUUCAGUCUAAAUGCAAUAAAACUUUGAAAAUGGAAGCCGAAAAUCGUACAUGGACAAUUGUAAAAUUUCUUCAGGACCAUUCGGUCGCUGCAGUUCCAACAACCUGGAUAAAUAAUGAUAUGUGCUUCUGGCCACCCUUUACGCCUCAAAAAGUAUCGGUGGCAAUAAAAUCACAAGAUUUUAACACAUGCUGGCCAUCAUAUAAAGUGGAUAUGUUUCGUAAUGCUACUUAUGACAACUAUGAAACGGUAAGAGGAAAGGCCAAAAUAGCAGAAGAUACAAGCGAUCUAAACUCUGAAGCAGAUGAGAUUUCUAAUGUUAGGCCAGCUAGGAGAACACGUAAAAAAAUAAUAAGUUCAUCAGAUGAAGAUAGUGAUACCACCAUCAUACCAAGUGCACCAAAAAUGAUCAAUACUAAAAAAAAUCGAAUAGAGAACAUCUCCAGCAGACAACAAGAUGACUUGGAUUCUAAUUUCAGUAAUUCUUUGACUGGCAGUAAAAGAUGGAAUAAUUCUGAAAUAUUUGGUGACAAUUCAUCAAAUAUUCCACCAUAUUUGUCAUCUAUGCCUAGUUCUGUUGAGAAUACUUCAGGAAGAAAUACAGGAUGUACAUAUGCUGUUCCAUUCAUGGUUAAAGAAUUAUCUAUGACUGGAGGGAACAGUCUGUAUGAAUUUGUCAGAAGAUGCAUGGGCAGGUUGUUUACUAACAAUUUGGCACACAAUUUCAGUUGGCUGGGACGAAGAGAGAAAAAACCCUUCCAUGACCUAAGAGUAGCUAAUUUGAUAAUGAAAGCUAUCAUUAAAGCUAAAAACGUCGACACCAAAGAAGCUGAAAGGGCUUUGGCAAUGUGGCUGCGUAGAGCAAGAGACCGAAUCAAGAGUAAAGCUACUUGAAUGUGUAUUUUAUAACUUCUGUUUUGAGAUUGUGAUAUACAGGGUAGACCAACCAACUUCAAGCAUUUUUGAGUCACCUUGUAUAUCUUGUAAAAUAUAUAAAAAAUGUGCUGCUCAUGAGAGAAGACCAUCUCGAAUUUUUUUUUCUAAUUCAAACAGUAAAGCCUUCAUCUCACUUUGUCACUAUUUUUUUGUUUUUUGUUUCAAAAUAUGUCUACUUGAAUAUUAUGUAUUUUAUGUUUCUUUUGUGUUUGUUUUAUAUAUAUAUA